AUGACUAUUUCUGAGUCCGACAAAGACGAAAUGGAAAUUGGUCUGAUAGGGCUGGGAGAGAUGGGUUUAAUGUAUGCUAAGAGAAUAGUAAAGGCCGGGUGGAAAAGAGUGAAUGUAUGCGACCUGCCCUCACGCUAUGAAGAACUAAAAGAAAAAUUGAAAGAUAGUGGUAUGAAAGUUCUUCGUGAUGGACAUGCUGUAUCAAGAAGGUGUGAUUUUAUCAUUUAUUCUAUCGAAGCCGAGAAUAUUGAUAGGGUAGUGGCUGAAUAUGGUCCUUCCUCCAAAAUUGGUGCUAUAGUAGCUGGUCAGACAUCAGUUAAAGAACCUGAAAUUCGCGCUUUCGAAAAUCAUCUUCCCGAAGAUGUUCAUAUUGUUUCGUGUCAUUCACUUCAUGGACCUUCUGUAGAUCCUGAAGGGCAGCCAUUGGUUAUGAUUCAACAUCGCGCCACAAAAGAGAAAUUUGAGUUUGUACUUCGUGUAUUAUCAUGUUUGAAAUCUCGAUUUGUGGUAUUAUCUUAUAAAGAACAUGAUCGUAUUAUGGCUGAUACUCAAGCUGUGACUCACGUUGCCUUUUUAAGUAUGGGAACUGCCUGGAAAACUCAACAGCAAUUUCCGUGGGCAACUCCGCAAUACGUUGGCGGAAUAGAAAAUGUCAAAGUUCAUAUGGCAUUACGUAUAUACUCAAACAAAUGGCACGUCUACGCCGGAAUUGCUCUUAUGAAUCCAAGCGCAAAAACACAAAUUCAACAAUAUUCACAAUCAGUAUCCGAUCUGUUUAAGUUGAUGAUUCAGGAAAAAGAAGAGGAAUUCACUACUCGCGUGAAGACUGCGGGAGAAUUCGUCUUUGGUAAAACUAGGAUUUCUUCUCGUGAACAAAUACUAUUAUCGGAUUCUAUCUUGGAUCAAUUCUCUUUAUCAAGUGUACCUAAAGAUAAAAGAAAACCGAAUUCUCACUUAUCAUUGUUAGCAAUGGUUGAUUGCUGGCAUUCGCUUAAAAUUAAUCCAUAUGAACAUAUGGUGUGUCAAACACCACUUUUUAGACUUUGGACAGGAAUUACAGAAUAUUUAUUCUGCAAUUCGGAGAUGUUAGAUGAAGCAAUUCAUUCAGCAUUAUAUAGUAAAGAUAUUCGAGCAGAUGACAUGGAGUUUUAUAGUGCGACCAAAGGUUGGGCAGAAUGUGUUGAAAUUGGCAAUAUGAUGACAUAUCAAAAAAGGUUCGAGGAUACCGCAAAAUUCUUUGAGUCUAGAUUUGAAGAAAGUAAUAGGAUGGGAAGGGAAAUGAUAAAACUCAUUGUAAAUAAGACGCAUCGAUAG